UGUUGGAGAUUUGUUAUUAGUAGUUCGUCUGCCUUUGCAUAGGGCGCUUACUGUGACAUAUUCUUUUGCAAGUUACAAUACCUUUAUGCGUCAUCGUUUUUUGCAACGGGACAUUAGAUCAAUACACAGAAUAAGGAGCGGAUUUAGUUUAAUGGUCAUUAUGUUUAUCAGUAAUCAUGAACCAAUGAGUGUUGAAAAGUUAGCGUGAAAAUUUUUGUUGUCUUGAUUGUCGAAUCGGAACAUCGAAACUCCCGGAAGAAAUCAGGAGGCGUAGCGCUAGAGCUCGAAUUGAUCUGCAACUGCAUCCACUGAUUGUGACGUCGGAAUAUGAUAGCAUCUAACAACACACGCAGUACCAAUAAUGAUCCGGUUGAAUCAUCCGAAUCCGCCCCUAUAACGGGAACUGGCAAUGGAAGCUCUUCUCGUAUAAUUCGUCAGUUCGGUACCCUGUUCCAGCAGGGUACAGCAACGCGAACAGAUCCUGCCGGAUAUGUGGAGUUUGGAAGUAUUUCCGAUCCAGAGGCUAAUACUGGACGAACGCUGGGAACAUUUGCCGGUGUGUUCUGUCCAGUAGCAUUGUCGAUGUUUAGUGCAUUGGUGUUCAUUCGUGUUGGUUUUAUUGUUGGCAAUGCCGGUCUCUACGUUACCUUGCUGCAAUUUUUGAUUGCUUAUGCGAUCUUGCUGUUCACUGUUUCUUCGGUAUGCGCCAUAUCAACAAACGGUGCGGUGGAAGGCGGAGGAGUUUACUUCAUGAUCAGUCGAACGCUGGGACCUGAAUUUGGAGGUUCAAUUGGAACGUUGUUUUUCCUAGCGAAUGUUGUCGGUUGCGGGUUAGCAAUAUCGGGUUGUGCCGAAGGCAUUAUACAGAAUUUUGGGCCUACCGAAGGUCACGAUGGGGGAUCCAUUCCCGAUGGUCGCUGGUGGCGCUUUUUAUACUGCAGUACAAUUAAUACGCUGAUGUUGCUCGUGGUGCUUAUCGGGGCUGAAAUGUUUGCCAAAACAUCGAUGAUGAUUCUAGGAGUUGUCGUUAUUUGCUUGUUUUCUACGUAUGUGAGCUUUCUAUCGAAAGGACUGCUACAGGUUCCGAUCCCAGAUGAAAAUCGUUUGGUGCAAAAUGAUACUAACAAAGUGUUUGGGAGUUAUAGCGGAAUGAGUCUAACUACGCUACAGGAAAAUCUGUACAGCCACUAUGGACGAGAUUACACUUCUGACGGAAAUGAGGUUAAUUUUGCGGUUGUUUUUGGCGUACUGUUUUCUGGUGUAACCGGAAUAAUGGCUGGUGCCAACAUGUCUGGCGAAUUGAAGAACCCAUCCAGAAGCAUUCCAUCCGGAACACUUUCAGCCGUUCUUUUUACGUUCCUGUGUUACAUUGCAUUGUCCGUAUUUAUGGCUGCGACAACGUCUACGUUUUUGUUGCAGAAUAACUUUCUGUUCCUAGGACCUGUUAACCUGUGGCCUACAUUUGUAACGAUUGGGAUUCUAACGGCAACUUUUUCGACAGGUCUAAGUAAUCUGAUUGGUUCCAGUCGAGUGCUAGAAGCUUUGGCAAAAGACAAAGUAUUUGGAUCGUUGUUGAACUUUGUUGUGAAAGGUACUUACAAGAGUAAUCCAAUAGCAGCCGUUAUCGGAAGCUGGGUAUUAGUGGAAGCCAUACUACUGAUUGGUUCGCUGAACACGAUUGCUCAAAUCAAUUCAGUGUUGUUCAUGCUCGCAUAUCUAGCUACUAACUUGGCAUGUCUGGGAAUCGAAAUAACAGGAGCACCCAACUUCCGACCAACCUACAAAUAUUUCACCUGGCACACCGCAUUCUUUGGCCUGAUCGGAACCGCUGUCAUGAUGUUUGUCAUCAAUUCAAUAUAUGCGCUAUCCAGUAUCAUUUUGUGUCUAUUGUUGGUGAUUGCAUUGCAUCUGUUUUCACCUGCAUCGCAAGGAGCGCAAUGGGGAUCAAUAUCGCAAGCUCUAAUGUUCCACCAAGUGCGGAAAUAUCUACUCAUGCUGGAUUCCCGCAAGGAUCAUGUAAAGUUCUGGCGUCCGCAGAUGCUUUUACUUGUGUCCAGUCCACGGUCAUGCUGUCCGCUGAUUCAUUUCGUGAACGAUAUGAAAAAAGGUGGACUCUACGUGAUUGGUCACGUAAAAGUGGGAGAGUUUUCUGAGAACGAAUCUACGAAUGAUCCUACCAUCGAAGAGUACACGCAGUGGCUUUCGUUGAUUGAUCAUAUGAAGGUGAAAGCGUUUGUGGAAUUGACACUUUCGAGAAGUGUGCGUGAAGGUAUUCAGCACCUUAUUCGCAUUUCCGGAAUGGGCGCUAUGAAACCGAAUACGAUCAUUCUGGGAUUCUACGAUGAGGAAAUGUCGAAGGACUUUUUUGAACAUGAAAACUCUCCUUAUAAGACGGGUGAAUUCGAUGGGAAUGGCAUUAAACUGUUCCCCUACCGACGCAACGGCGAACACAAAGCUUUGCAACCGACGGACUACGUGCAGAUAAUAGAUGACGUACUACGAAUGAAGAAAAAUAUUUGUCUCUGUCGGCACUUUCAUCGGUUGGACAAGCAACUGAUCGCUAGAAGUAACCACAUUCGAUACAUCGAUGUAUGGCCGGUUAACAUUUUCGAACCGAAAAAUGAGGACCCUUUCGACGUGGUUUCGCUAUUCAUGAUGCAGCUUGCGUGUAUUAUUAACAUGUUGCCGGUGUGGAAAACUCUCGAGCUGAGGGUUUUCCUAUGCGACUCGGAAACACCAGCAGAAUCAGGAAAUUUCCAAAUCGAUAGUGCAUCGUUUGAGCGGCCCGCCGAGCACAGGCUGAGUCAACUGCUGAAGUCUCUCAGAAUAUCCGCUUCGAUACAUCAGAUCUCCGAAUGGAACAAAGACAUGGACUUUCCGCGUCAUCGGUCUAUUCUCAGGCAGUUUACUAGCAAAAGUGACAGCAACCAAAUAAUGACCGAAGAGAACAUCAACCGGUCGAAACUUUACAUGCAAAGGAUUAAUCAAAUUAUCCGGGACAAAUCGAACUCGACGGCUGUCACUUUCAUGUAUCUUCCAGCACCGCCGAAGCUAUCCACGGUGGACUACAAAGAAAAGUGUCACCAUUAUUUGGACCUGUUAACCGAAUUGACUUACGAUUUACCACCUACGAUAUUAGUACAUGGAAUAAAUGCUGUGACUUCCACUACGUUGUAAAACAAAUUCACUUACUGAAACUCUCAUGCAAUGUUCUAAGCAGGGUUAUGCGCGUGCUGUGCAUGUGGACUAUUAGCCGAUAAUGAACAAACUUUCUGAUUUAUGUCUUGUAACUUCCGUUCUGUGACAUCAAUUGAAUUGAUUUUAUUAUGUAUCCGUUCUCCAGAUAGAAAAAUUAAGGUUAUAGCAAAACCUCAUUCACUUUAGAAUAACACAACAUAAUAUCAGUUUGUACUAAGGAUGCACUCCUCUUAUUAGUGAUUAUAAUUCAUACGCGAAGUAUUUUAUCAUAUUUAUUACAUUUUUCAUUACUAAGAAGCAUUAAUUUUAUUUAAUUGAAAAUUGCAUAGACAAAUUUCAGAACUUCCGAAAAAUAUCUACAAAAGUUGUCAGUGCUUUCGUAAUUUUUUGCAUUCAAUUACCCAUAAUAAAUGGGCGUGUUAUGCUAAAAGUGGCAUUGUUAUCGGGAAGUAAGAAAUGUCAAUUUUGGCGAGGUUAGAAAACGAAAUUCUGAUUAAUAUAGUUACACUAUACUUUAGAAGGGCAUUUUUUGCACAUGCAGCAAUUGAAAACCUCAUUGAAACGUCACACAGAGCGACAUCGUAGUUGUUGGAACGUAAUUAGCUUGUAGUGUUGAAUAUUUCCAGUAUCAUACUUAUUGUGAUUGAUAGAACAGAACACAUCCUAUAUCGUUCAUUGAACGUGUUAAAAUUUAAUUUUCUAGAUAAAAAGAAGACAAAUGUGCAUGUUUGCAAUAGUAUACCAACGGAACUGACGUUAAACUAAAUAUAUAGAUGUCUAAUAUAUUUUAUUAGAAAACGAA